AAUGUGCUUGUAUAUGCAAAUGAUCUGAAUUCAAAGAGGAUUUCCUGCCUCUGGUCCCACCCCAAAGUGACCUUAAUCUCAACAGCCUUUGCAAAUCUGCAGCCAUGGCUGCAUCUGAGGAGACUUUAAUGUCAGUUGGUCAUCUGAAUAGACCAAAUGUAAACACUUUCAGCAUUUAUAGAAAUUUGAGAGGAAAUAUGCACAAAAGAAGUACCCAAAAGCCAAUUGCAUUACAAUAUGAUUUUUCAUCUCAGAGACACCAAAUGCUUCAUACCAUACGUCUGCAACAACGUUGGCAGGAGCUGAAGGACAGAGAGAGCGCCGCCCGACAUCAUAACCAGGAGCUGAUGCAAAAGUUUGACACGGCUCAAGACACACUGAAAGAAAUGAUGGCCGCCACCGCUGCCAUGAAGUCGAUUCGGAUGGAGUAUGAUCAGUUUCUUGUGGAGAGCUAUCCCUGCAGACAGAAACAACAGAAAGAGAAAUCACAAAUUCAUCACAAAACGAUGAUGGCAGAGUAUAUGAAGAUGUGUCUAAAAAGACAAGAAGAAUAUGGGUCCACAUCUUCUGUUGGGAAAGCUUUAUAUUCACAUAGUCACGGCAGAGAGCCACAGAAAGAUGCUGUGACACAAGCAUACAAUGGCCAAGGGGGUUCUUAUCCAUCCUUCAUGGACUCUCCUUCUCAUUCCCAUUCAGACCAGACCAUGGCAACUUCUAUAUUCCCAUCGACUUUACUUCCAUGUCCUCAGGGCUUCCAACUCCAGCAUCUCGUUUCCACCCCACCACAAAAUGCACCAGGAUGGGCUCUCGAUCAGGCGGACGGACCCCGGUCCUCCGCGGAGGACGCAGAGACAAGCAGCUUCUCGAGGAGGAUGAGCGUUCAUUUAUCUCAGGAACUAGAUUUUAAACCAGUCCGCCUGUCCAGUGAGCAUGUUGAAAACAGAGGUGACAACACCAGCAGCAGCAGCAGCAGUGUGUGCGGACGGAUGAAGUGUGACAAGAAGAAGAAAAGAAACACCUCAGAGAAAAACAGAAGAAGUUCGCAGAAAUCAUCGAGGACUUCUUCAUCUGUAGGGGCAAAGACAUCUGAGAGUGAAGCAUCAUCACACAAAGGCAGCACCAGCAGCAAAAUGAGGAGGAACAUCACGGCACUAGCUGGAUUACCGAUGACGACCCAUAACGAGACACGAGAGCGAGAAAGCUCAAAGACCCGUUCUAUCAGCGGAACCCAAAGUGAACAUGAAGUGAGUCAGAGUCUUUUGAGACAGUCAGAUAGCAGCAGGGGCAAUUCACCAUCCCGGUCUGAGGAGUCGAGUGGUGGAAGCGACACAGUCGGAGGAAAGAAAGACAAUCAAGGACGGGAAGAAGACAAGGAGGCAGACAGCAAAAGUGAUGAGAAAGAAGAGAGUGAUAUGGAGGGGGACAGCGAUGAUGAAGAGGUGCCACCAGAAAAUGAGCGGGAGAAUGAGUCUGACAAAGACCGAGGAAGUGACGACGUUUCAGAAAAGCUGAAGAGGCAGAAUAAAGAGCAGGAUUCGGCUUUGUUGCAGGAUGAGGAAGAGCAUGAUGAUCAAAGUGAGGACGAGUCGGAUGAAGAGGAGCAAGCAGAGAGAGAUUCAGAUGACGUCAUCAUCUCACCUCAACAGAACAAGCCCAGGGUGCACUUCACCCCGCAAGAGGCUUCUGAAGAUGACGAUGGCAACGAGGGAGCCACAACAGCAACAUCUGAUGAGGACUCAAGUGACCCUGGAGAUGAUGACAUUGAGAAUCUCCUAGCACCUCAUCCUCAGACAAGAGAAGAAAAAGACACGGAAACAGUCAAACGCAAUUGUACAACCCCAAAAGUGAUUUGCAAUGUGGAGAUUUUCCGAGGAGAAACACACACGGAUCAGCAAGGCGACUCUGAUGAGUUUGACCAUUUUUAUGACUGAUAGCUAUUAUUUAUUUUGUCUGUAGUACCUUUUCCUACAAGGAGCGUGCCUACCUAAAAAGUGUGUGAUACUCGUUUUUUUGUUGCUAUGCAAGGAAGUGGCAUCGUCCAUUUUUGUAAAAUUAUACAUGUAUAAUUAUGUUUUGUUUUAAUUGAUGUUAUAGGGGCAAUAUGUACUAGUCGUAGUAGUAGUAUGCUCACCCCCCCCCCCUUCCACUGAGACCAAAAUAUU